AUGCUUCGUUCGACGAGACAGGUUCCACUCGAAGUGGAGAGAUUGGCUUGCGGCAUGUUAUUAGACAUAUUUGCAGUCGAUUCUGCUCCGUACAGGUGCAGCGUCUGGCGGAGGGUCUCAUUCUCGUCUUACCCCGUCAGAACCAACCAAUACAUCCAUUUUGUGUUGGAUGGAAUCCUUCCCACCAUCACGCUCAGGCACCCGGUUGUCGGGACUUGUGCAGACUCCGUGGAUGGCUUGAGACUAUGUGCCUGCCAUGGAAGGUGGCGCCCAAUGACUACGAACCGUUUGACGUCGAUAGUGAGGCUGUCCUACCCCAACGUCGGUAGUGAUCAUCAGCUAGACAAAGCGGAUACGCGGUUUGUCACAUGUGUAACAGCGUUUUUGGUGAACAAAGUAAGAUCAUGGUUUCACAAUGAAAGUUCCCUGGGGCAAGUCCAAUGA